AUGCCACGUGGGAACCUUAUGAAGCAUUUCGAGACCGAUUUCCAGAGGUCUGACAUCAAUCAGAUUAUCCCAUCAGGCUCGAGACUAGCUGUUUGCAAGGGGGAGGGGCAAAAGGAUUGCUUUAGCAAGUCAGGUACCUUCAACUAUGACAGUAAAUACAGAGGAGCUACUGUAAAACCAUUGUCUGUUCUUAAAGAAGAUAAAGUGUUUUCAAAAGAUGGAUUUUUAAUCAAUCAUUCAAAAACUUUAGUGGGAUCAGGCGCUGACGCAUACGAAAAAGGCAAGACUGCUCUGCAAACUUGGAGGCAUUUUGGAUUGAGUUGGGCAUUUGUUGAUCCAAAGACACCAAUUGAAAAUGGGGUGAAGUUUUGUGCUUGUGUGAAGGAGUUCUUUCCAUGGCUCAGGAUGCCAUUGCAGGUUGUUUAUGUUAAUGAAACAAGAAACCCUAAAUUGGUUGUUUCUUCUUUUGGUUUUGGUGGAGGCACUCUCAGGGGACACUUACUGUCUGGUGAAGAGAGAUUUUCAGUUGAGAUGGAUGAAGAGAAACAAGUUUGGUAUUAAAUACUUUCCUUCUCAAAACCAGCACAUCCUCUCUCUAUUAUUGGGUACCCGUAUGUAUUUCUUAGACAAAAGUAUUUUGCUCAACAAUCUAGUGAUGCAGUCAGAAAAUUUGUAUCCUCAAAGUAAACUCUACAACAUUCUGCUAU